AUGGAGACGAGAGGUUCAAAAUUAUUAGCAUUAAUCAUGAUAGGAAUAAUUGAAUUGUGUAUUUAUAAUUAUGAUUUUGCUAAAGUAUAAAGAAAUAAUAUCUUCAACUUGAGAAACGAUAAAUCAAAAAAACUUAAAUCUAUUUCAGAAUUAGGUUUAACACAAUUUUAGGGAACAUAUAUAAUUGAUUUGUCAACGAAUAACUAAAAGAAAAGGAUUAAUAUAAUAGUUCUAUUUAAGAAUUUCUUGAAGUCAGAUGAUGAAUAAAUUGAAAAAUUUAGAAGAUUUUUAGAUUAAGUAGAUUCAAAAGAAAAAAAUACUAUAAUCUUAUUUAAUUUGGAUUAAAGGUUUUAUGAUAUUCAAAAGUAUCGAAACAUUUAAAAUUAAUAGUGUUAAUACUAAAAAAAUUUUUAAAAUAACAAAAUUAAUAAAAAUGUAAUGUCAACUGAUAAUUUGUCUAAAUUACUUAAAGAAUUUUUCUUCUUAAAAUUAUUAUGA